CUAAGUUUUGAAAAUAGUGGGUCACGUAUACUUAACAAUAAAAAUCUAGAAGCGUUUCUAGCCGAGUAUCCCAAUUUAAAAAGACUCACGAUAAGAGGUUCUAGGCGAAUAAGUCUAAAACAGAUAGCUAAAAAUAUUGUCCCAUGGUGGGAUGUUGAUAAAUGGAAAGAGUCAGAAUUAAUAGAUAUCCUUAAUAGAAAUAUACGGAAGAAGGAAUAUCUCUAG